GAAGAGGAUAGCCGCAACAGGAAAACGCAGCAAAACGGCUGCUUGCGACCCUGCCGUGUUUAUCUCUUUUCUUUUUAUCGGGGAUUUUUUUUCUCUUUUGCAUGUGUCCAUUGGCGUCACUGCCUCAUCUCAGCUUCUGCAUCCCCCGCCCUCAGCGUCGCUGUUUAAAUACCACGGCACGCACACCACCCCAAUCUGCGCCGCAUCUCUGUUUGCGAUAGGGCUUUUGGAUACAGUGGAUCACAGCAGACACAAUGCACUUCUCAACCGCAACAACAAAGGCAGACCAUGCUGUGUCGCCGUCGCCAGAGCUGCACGAUGGCCCAGCACCGGCUUGGAACACGGAAAGUGACGAUGCGUCGGCCAUGGACGGCGACUCGGGCGUGAAACGAGGUCUGAAGAAUCGCCAUUUGUCCAUGAUGGCAUUGGCUGGUAUUAUCGGGCCGGGCUUGCUUGUUGGCGCUGGUGGUGCGCUACAGAGCGGUGGCCCGGCGUCGCUGCUCAUUGGAUUCGGCGUUAUUGGCAUAAUUGCAUUCUCCAUCAUGCAGUCCCUCGGCGAAAUCACAACCCUCUACCCCGGCGGCGGCGCCUUCAUCUCCCUCGCCGAGCGAUUCGUCGAUAAAUCCUUUUCCACCGCCGUCGGCUGGAACUACUUCAUCAUCUGGGUUUCUGUCUUGGCAAACGAGUACAAUGUCAUCUGCAGCAUCCUGACGUACUGGGUCCCGCAGGUGCCCAUCUGGGCCUGGUUUCUGAUCCUCUGGACCGUCUUUAUGGGCUUCCAGCUUUUGGGAGUUGAAGCCUUUGGUGAGGCUGAGUUUUGGCUAGCCCUGUUCAAACUGGUUGGAUUAACGGCGUUUUUCAUCUUUGCCAUCAUUUACGCAGCGGGCGGCCUCAUUGGCCAGUCGGAGCCCCUGGGCUUUCGGUAUUGGCACGAUCCGGGAGCGUUUAACAACCACGGCUUCCGCGGUGUGGCGGUCGUCUUUAUCUUUUACUCGACGUUUUACGCUGGUGUCGAGUCGGUGGCUGUCGCUGCUACCGAAACUCGUAACCCGGGUGUUGCAGUCCCUCAAGCCAUUCGUCAGAUCUUUUGGCGCAUCAUCUUUGUCUACAUGGGUUCUGCGCUCUUCUUUGGAAUUACAUGUCCUGCCAAUGCGCCCGGUCUGGCGGGCAACGAAGACCCUAACGCGAAAGCCCUCCAGAGUCCCAUGACUAUUGCGAUUCAAAAGGCAGGCUGGGAGAAUGGAGUCCACCUGAUCAAUGCGUUUAUCUUGAUAACGUGUUUAUCGGCCAUCAACUCUUCCAUCUACAUUGGCUCGAGAACGGUGCUGUACAUGGCGCAGUCGGGCAAGGCGCCGCGAUUCUUGGGCCGUGUCAACAAAUGGGGUGUCCCCGUCUGGGCCAUUCUCCUCACCAAUGCGUUUGGUGCGUUGUCCAUGAUGAAUGUGUCUGUUGGUGCGAAAAAGGCAUACGGAUACAUUGUCAACUUGUCUGGUGUCAGCACGUUCUUGGUCUGGGCAGCAAUUAGUCUCAUGCACAUUCGCUUCCGCCGCGCCUGGGCAACACAAAAGCGUGAUGUCAAUGAGCUUCCCUUCCAGAGUGUUUUUUAUCCGUACAUUGCGUAUUUUGGACUGGCGGCCAACAUCUUUCUGGCUCUUGUGCAGGGCUGGACUACGCUGUCCCCGUUUGUCGCAGGCGACUUUGUCGAUGCGUAUAUCCUGUUGCCUCUUUUCGGUGUGAUUUAUAUCGUCUGCAAGCUUCUCUGGAGAGGAGAAGAUCCGCUCAAGAGAAGCUGGGAUAUGGAUCUUGACAGUGGCCGUCGGUUGGAUCUGGAUAGAAAGGCUGGCGAUGGAUUGGAUGGUGGUGAGCCAGCCAAGGUUUCUGCUUGGAAAAAGAUAUGGACUAGUUUGUAAGGGAGAGGGAGGACAAUUGUCGUAUAUACACAAUAUUUUAUAUGUAGAAAGUAGAUAGGCAUUUCCAUGGUAUGGGCUCGUAGUAACGAGUUUGACGCAGGCGUUGGGCAGUAGGCCAGCGCAAGAGCACAAGAGAUACAUAUUUUCAUGUUAUAAAAUCGUAC